GGGAAAAGGAAGACCCUCCCAGAGUGCGCUGGCCAGAAGCAGGAAGGCUUUGAGCCCAGACUGCUUUGCUUUCUCUGGACUUCAACUCUCUUUCCAUUCUUCCCGUAUCAGAGAUCUCUCUGCCUUCCCUGGAGCCGAGCUUACUCUUUCUUCCCCGGAGCAGAGAUUACUCUGCCUGCUGGACUCCAGCUCUGUGCUUGCAGGUCCCCGUUAAGUCUGAGCAAGAGCCCCGCCAUAUUUCCUGGUUCUGCUGGCUGCCCAGGCAAUUCAGUGUCAUUCUCAUCUGACCUCAUGGGUGGAGUCUCUCCUGUGGAGCCUCACCUUGUAAAUCCCUGUAGACCAGCCUGCUGCCAAAGAAGAGAAGAGCCAGACUUCUUCCCCUCUGGGAUCCUUCUCCCUUCCUAGCUCAGUUUGCAGAGGACCAAGACCUGGCCCCAGCAAGGACCCUGGAGCCAGAGGAAAUGGCCCCUGGGAGCAGCAGCCCACCUCCCCAGGGGUUGGUGACAUUCAAGGAUGUAGCUGUGGACUUCACCCAGGAGGAGUGGAGCCUCUUGGACCAUGCUCAGAAGGAGUUGUACAAGCGGGUCAUGCUGGAGAAUGCCCGGAACCUGCUCUCCCUGGGGCUGCCAGUUCCCAGAGAAGACAUGAUCUCUUCAUUUGAGCAAAGGGAAGCACCAUGGAUGCUGGAGCAAGAAGGCCUGAGGAGCCUCUGUCCAGGAGAAAUCAGAUUUGAAAUGAAGGAAAUUACUGAAGAGCUAAGCCUUUCUGUGGAAGAAACUCAUAAGCAAAGAUUCAUGAGUGAUGGUCCCUAUGAUUUCAAUUUAAGAAAAGUCUGCCCAACACCUGAGAAUAUCCACACUGCAGAGAAAUAUGACUGUAAACAAUGUGGAAAGGGUUUUACAAAGAGGAAGUAUCUUAUUGCACACCAGAGAAUCCACACUGGAGAGAAACCUUAUAAAUGUUAUCAAUGUGGAAAGACUUUUAAAUGGAAGAAUGGUCUUCUUCAACAUCAGAGGAUCCACACAGGAGAGAAACCUUAUAAAUGCAAUCAAUGUGGAAAGACUUUUACAUGGAAAGACAGUCUUGUAAAACAUGAGAGAAUCCACACUGGAGAGAAACCUUAUGUAUGUAAUCAAUGUGGAAAAGCUUUUAAAUGGUGGAACACUCUUAUGCUACAUCAGAGAAUCCAUACUGGAGAGAAACCCUAUGAAUAUAAUCUAUGUGGAAAGCCUUUUAUACAGAAUUCUUAUCUCAUGGUACAUCAGAGAAUCCACACUGGAGAGAAACCUUAUGAGUGCCAUCAAUGUGGAAAGACUUUCAGAGAGAAGAGAUCUCUUAUUGCACAUCAGCAAAUCCACACUGGAGAGAAGCCUUAUGAAUGUCAUCAAUGUGGAAAGGCUUUUAUACAGAGGGCUCGUCUUACUAUACAUCAGAGGGCCCACACUGGAGAGAAACCUUACGGCUGUAAUCAAUGUGAAAAGGCUUAUAGGGAGAGGAGAUCUCUUAUUGCACAUCAGAGAAUCCACACUGGAGAGAAACCUUAUAAAUGUAAUCAGUGUGGAAAGGCUUUUAAAUGGUGGAACAGUCUUACUCUACAUCAGAGAAUACACAGUGUAAAAAAACUACAUGAAUGUAAUCAGUGUGGAAAGACUUAUAUACAGAAGGACAGUCUUGUUGAACAUGAGAGAAUCCACAUUGGAGAGAAAGUGUAUGAAUGUAAUCAAUGUGGAAAAGCUUUUACAUGGAGAGAUGAUUUUAUUGUUCAUCAGAGAAUCCAUACUGGAGAGAAACCUUAUACUUGUAAUCAAUGUGGAAAGGCUUUUUGGGAAAGGAGAGGGCUUGCUCUACAUCAGACAACCCACACUGGAGAAAAACCUUAUGAAUGCAAUCAAUGUGGAAAAACUUUUACGCGUAGAGAUGGUUUUAUUGUUCAUCAGAGGAUCCACACUGGAGAGAAACCUUAUGAAUGUAAUCAAUGUGGAAAGGCUUUUAAGUGGUGUGCCAGUCUUAUUCUACAUCAGAGAAUGCACACUGGAGAGAAACCUUAUGAAUGUACUGAAUGUGGAAAGGCUUUUACACAGAAAUCCUCUCUUACUCUACAUCAGAGGAUCCACACUGGAGAGAAACCUUAUGAAUGUACCCAGUGUAGAAAGGCUUUUACACAGAGGAAUGGUCUUACCCAACAUCAGAGAAUUCACACUGGAGAGAAACCUUAAGAAUGUAAUCAUUGUAGUAAAGCCUUCUGGCUAAAGUCAGUCCUUGUUUACUAUUGGAGAAUUCGUGGAAGAUAUAAGAAUUUUAUAACUGACCUAAAAGAGGAAAGGCAUUGAAAUGGAGUAUAGAGCUUCUCAGCAAAACAUUAACUCUGAGUACAAGCCAUCUAGACACUCAGUAUGGGAAGGCUUUCAACUAGGGAUCAUCUCUUUGUUUCAACAAUCCAGCUAGCAGCUGCUCGGGGGGUAAAAGACCAACACAAACCCAACAGUAAGAAUGCUGCCAAAGCCCAGGUUCUUUUGAUCUGCUUUACUAAGGAAAGCAAUGUUAAGGGGUUGACAAGUUUACUUUAAUCUGGCAUACAAAUACCAUUCACUUAGUUCAGGGGAAAAAGCCAGCACCCUGAACUUAAGAGCAAAAUACAAACAAAUUACAAACAUCGACAGACAGACCAAAUACAAUUCGUAGUUACCAACAUCUAGGUUCAGCCUGGGAGCUCAUAGCAAGGGUUGGCCCAGAGUCACUAGUGCCACCAUGGCUGUGGGUAAGAGGUCCAAAAAACAGAAAGCCAACCCCUGGUUUUAUAUCUUUUUCAGGGUCAAGGGUGAGUCAUACAUGCGACUUACCCACAUGACCCAAAAUCAUCACAAAGAGGUGACUUAAACCCAUGUGGUCUAAAAGCCUCUGAUAUCCCAAACAUGUCACUCAAACUCGUGUGUAAACUAGGCCCUCACCUGAGGCAAGGAGGUCACCAAGGACUCUCAAUCUAAUCAAGGAAACAAAGGCCAAACUCUUCAAGGGCACUUGGUUGAACUGAGUGCUAAGAGCCCAUUUUGUUUAUCAACACACUCUUAUCCUCUCAUCAGAGGAUUUAUAAUGAAAAGAAAUUUUAUGGAUGUGCUCAAUGGGACGUGCCUUUCUCUAGACCAGGGCUGUCCAAAAUGCAGUGGCCCACAGUGUAAUUUAUGCGGCCAGCCUAUAAGCAUAGAAAUUUGUAUAGCUACCACAGAGCUCUCACUAAAAUGGCAAAUCAAAAUAUAUUGUCUACUGUUUCAAUAAAAACCUAAGGUUGGAUAGCCCUGCUCUAGAACAUGGAGGUCAUUGGUGAAAGUUACAUUUUGUGACUGACUAUAACAGAAACUUGAGAUGAGGAAAAUGAUUUAUGCCACCCCUCCAGGUUGUAAAACCAGAAAAGGAGGGAAUAGGCCUAUAAACUGCAAAACUGUGUGAAAGAAUCCAUCUGGAUGUUCUCAGAAAUAGAAUGUCUUCAGAAUAAGGAAAAGCACUGAAGUCAAAAUUAUGUCAAUUGGGGAACAAUCUUUGGUGAAGGGAAGAAUUCAGGUUUGUUUAAUGUUUAAAGAUUGGAGCAAUUUAGGGGAAUGUUGUCUUCUCCCACAGGCCACCUACAUGCAUGUGUCCAGUCUACAUUGAGGCCACUGCACGUGACAGUCAAGAAACUUCUCAUUAAUUUGAGCUUAUUUAUUCCUCCUCAUUUUUGUGACUCAGCAAUCAUGAUGAUGAGGAAGAGAUUCCCCCAAUGGACCUGAGGUAGAGCAGAGCCAUUGUGAAGAAAGGAGCCUCUACUAAGCAGAUAAGAGGCCUUGCAAUUUCUAUCUACAAAGCUUCCCAUGGUUGUGUUACACCCAAAUUUGAAGCUCACCAUUAUUCCCCUUUAUAUUUUUUGUCUUUGUCUUUGUCCUAUAUUCUGUAAUGGCUUGAAACAGCCUAAGGCACCAUUCUGGGUAGAUUGCCCAAGGCUAGUCCUCUGACCCCCCCCCUUUCUCCUGAAUCAGCAUUCUGUGUAUUCUUCUUUACAUCAGCAUUACAUACAAGGAUCAGUCCCAGGGUCAAGGUACAAGUUCAUCAUAAGGAGAGACCACCCUGUUCCCAAAUAGGGCCCCCACACCCUGGGUUAUGGUGCAACUGUUCUGCUGUCCCUCCACCCAGAAUAUAGCUGACCAAGCAGGGGGUUACAGACGUUCCCUACCCUUCACCCAGAACGUGACCCUGGCCUGUUCCGGGGAAUUCCACUGCCCUUUGCCUCAUGUCUCUCCACCCUGUGCCCCCCACCCUGUUCUAGGAAGCUAAUCACAACCUAGGAGGGACCCCCAUGUCACAAGAGGGUUGCACCCCUGUAUCCUUGUGCCAUAUUCCCAAAUUAGCCCUGAGCUAUGGAUUUCACCAAUGGCUAUUCUUUGCUUCUGUACAUCAUUGCUUCUGCUAGCGACCCUCCCUUUGUGGUUUUUGCCUUUAUAAGCCUAUAAGUCCCUUGGUUCGGGACUGCCUGAUUUGAGUGUAUACUCCAGGUAGUCGCACGCUUGAUCAAUAAAUCCACACUUAAAUUUACCUUGAACCCAGGUCUCAUCUCGCUGUUAUUUUCUGCACAACAGUUAUACCUGCUCUCCCAGCCUGAAAUGGAAAUCUAAAGGAACUCAGCUCCAUAUCAGAGGCAUCUGGGCUGCUUGUCACGUGUUCUCUAAAAAUCAGUGAAUGUCUCAGGUCCUGAUGACAGCACCCUCAUCAGAGUGAUGGUUUCCAGUACAAAGACCAACAGGUUGGACAUAAGGGAGCAAUUCAAGAAGCAUUGUGGGGAGUCUUUACAUUCUCUCAUCAAGGCAAGUCAGAAGAGUUGCUUUGCCAGAAAGGCAACCACUGAUAGGAAUAAAGGUCUCUAAUGAAAUACAUUUGGAUGCUAACGAGGACCCAAGCCCACUUCUUGUUCCCUUGUCACUGAA